AUGUCAAAUUCAUUGAUUGAUUUAGAUUUCGAGACGACUACAUCCAACCCUUCACCUCAAACACUACCAUUAACUGGAGAAGCUCUUAUUGGAUACAGUUCACCUAAUGCAGGAAGAAAGAAGAAGAGUAUUGAAAAAACAAGUGGCGAAUCAAAUAUUUUCGACGAAUUGGGAAUGAAUGACCCAACUAAAAAGAGCGAAUCCAAACCAGAACCACCAGUUUUAGAUAGUUCCUCUGAUUGUCUGAUCGAUUUUUCAUCUCCUCCACUUCCAAAGAAAUAG